AUGGCGGAACUUCAAUUGGAAGUUUUACUCAGCAAUAUAACCUGUUCAAUCACACGGCACGACGUGCUCGACCUUGUAGAAGUGCGCCGCAGCGACGCACAUCAUGGCAUCAGCAUCAUCCACCACCACCACCACCACCAUCAUCAUGAUCAAUUCAUCGUCAUUAUCACUACCACCAUCAUCAGCAUCAUCACCGUCGUCAUCAUCAUGUCUCCUCGCAGGGCGAUCGAGCUGGUGGGCGCUGCCUUCGGGCUGGGCGCCCAGCUACAGCUGCUCAGCUCAUUUCGGCCCUUCCGCCUCUUCAAGGUGCUCACCAUCUUUUUAGGUCUUCGGGACAUCGUGAACACCAUCAUCAAGGCGACGACGCGCAUGCUCGAGCUGAUCGUGCUGCUGCUGUUCUGCAUCUGGGUGUUCGCCACUUUCGGCCUGCAGCGGCGCCUCAAGCUCGGCCCUAACAGCGUCGCGCCCUUUUCUGGUCUCGCGCAGAUGUUCAUGUCGGUGCUGAAGCGGCGCUGUGUGGUGAGCAAGGAGAGGCUGGGAGUGGUGGACGCGCAGCUGUACAGGCGCAUGGCGAACAACCGUACCUUCUGGAUGCGCACGGGCGGGGACGAGGACGAGGAUCGCGACCGGCUGGGCUUCGCCUGCGGGAACCUGCUGGCUGCCUACACUUGCGAACCAGGUUUCUCGUGUGUGACGGUGGACGUGGUGGAAGAGCGACGAGUGUUUCCCUCGUACGACAACGUGGUGGACGCCGUGCUCACUACCUUUAACAUAUUUAGCCUGGACAACUGGAACAUCCCGUACAACAUGCUACUGCAGGCGGUCGGUCCCGCCUGCUUCCCGCUCUUCCUGUGCACCGUAAUGUUCGGCUCGGCCUACCUCAUCAACCUCAUGCUUGCCGUCACCGUACACACCUACGUCGGGGAGAACAACCUCAAGCGGGCUCGCAAGCAGAAGAUGGAGCAGGGAUCCCUAAUGGACUUGACUCUGUUCCAAGAAAUUUGUGAUUUCGAGGUGAAUGUAGACCACCUGUACGUCCAACCGCUGGUCAGUCUCGCGCAGAUACCCUCCGUCCACAAGGUGCGACAGCUGCGUUUCAAGCAGCGGCUUCGCCGCGGUGAAGGGGAGGCCCUGACUCGGGAGCUGGGAUUCGGCGCCUUCGCCGACAUGGUGACGGACGCAGCGAACGCGCCCCGGCCGCUGCUGCGGGCCGCCACGCUCCGACCGCCCGCGGCCACGCGACGGUCGCACUCCGACGAGACGUACGAGCAGCCGAUCGCUGCCGCAGCGGCACCGGUGGUGGGGGCCGCCCGCGGCCAAAGUCAGCAGUCGGGCAUCCGAGCGGACAUCCCUCUCCGAGCGGACUGGGCCACGGUCCGACUGGUGUGCCUCGCCAUGGAGAAGAGCCCAAUCCUCGACCUCACCAUCCACGUCCUCAUCAUCCUCAGCACCCUGUUCCUCGCCCUGGAUGGCAGCUACGCCAAUGCUCAGUUCAAGAGCAUGCUCACCUGGGGAAACAUGGCGGCCAGCGUGGCCUUCUCCGUCGAAAUGGCCAUCAAGUUAUCCGCGCGUGGCUGGUCCUUCUUCCACAAGAAGUUCUCGGUUCUGGACCUGGGCGCCGUGGUCUGCAGCAUCACCUCCGACUUGCUGGUGCUGCUCCGCUACGAACUGGGCGUCCGCACGCGCUUUCUCAGGCUGUUCCGGCUGGUGUACGUGGCGCGCACGUGGGACACGCUGUUCUACAUGCUCAACAUGAUGCUCUCGCUGCUGAAGCCGCUGCUCAACCUGCUGCUCGUCAUCAUGCUCGUGGUCGUGGCGUUCGCCGUCGCCGCCGAAGACCUCUUCGACUCCGGAGACCGUAAACCGCAGUCGCGGUGGAACAGCCGCGACUUUCUGCACAGCGUGCUGCUCAUGGUGCGCCUCUUCUGCGGCGACAUGUUCGAACCGCUGGUCAACUGCUUCCACGAGGGCCACGGCAGGCUCCGAUGCGUCGCCUUUUACAGCAGCGUCUUCUUCGUCGGCAACUACGUGCUGCUCAACGUCUUUCUCGCCUUCCUGCUCAGCAGCUUCAACGUCGACAGGAUCGUCGAGAGGAACUCGCCCGGAGAGAUCCUCUUCGAGAAGAUGGUGUGCAGCUUCAAGUCCUGGUGCAAGAAUAGCUGGAAGCGUUUGUGGCAUCCAUUCUAUGAGGAGACGCACGCACUUCCCACCGCAGAGAGGACCCCCGGCUGGGCGAGAAACGCGUGGCACGCGGCGCAGCGCCGAGCCGAAGUCCUGACCAGCCACCGCGCGUUCCGGCUCCUCGUGGCCCUUCUCAUUGUGCUCAGCAGCAUCGUGUUGGUGAGGGCUUCGCAUCUGCAAGCGGGCCACGCUCGCUUUACACUGACGGUGGAUCGUGCAUCCUGCGGUAACCACAUACACGCCAGUUGCCUCGAAGGUGGCCGGAGCACGGGCAAGGUGCGUGGCCGACUGGAGCUGGCGAGUGCGCUGCUCACCGUGCUGCUGAGCGUGGACGUUGCCCUGGUGCUGGUCGCGAAGGGCCCCCACGCCUACUUCUCUUCGGGAUGGCACCUGCUCGACUUCAUCGUGCAGUCGACAUCGCUGCUCUACGAGGUUCUGGACGUGAUCGGCGUGCAGGGCUCGGUGAUCAACGUGCUGCGCUCCACCAGGGCGCUGAGACCCGUGCGAAUCGUGUCCCUCUUGCCCGGGAUGAAGCUCCUAGUGGACGCGCUGGCCUCGUCGGUGCCGUCCAUCGGCAACGUGCUCGUGGUGUGCGCCUUCAUAUGGAUCAUCUUCGGCGUGGUGGGCGUCAGCAUGUUCGCGGGCCGCCUGUGGCACUGCGUAGACGCCAGGGGACAGCCGCUCGACCCCGACCUGGUGCCCGACCGCGCCACCUGUCACAUGCUGGGCUUCUCCUGGACCAACGAGAACGUCCACUUCGACAACCUGGCCGAAGCGUCGCUCGCGCUGCUCCAGGUGGCGACCUUCGAGGGCUGGAUCGAGGUGAUCGAGAACGUGUUGGACAUCGAGGGCGUCGACCUGCAGCCCCGACGGGAGGCCAACCCCUGGUCGCUGAUCUACUUCGCCAUCUUCCUCGUCAUCGGCGCUUUCCUCGUGUUCAACCUGUUCGUCGGCGUCGUCAUCGACAACUUCUACGCCAAGAAGCGACAGGCUAGUUUUUUUGCUGCUCACUGAAAAUACAUUCCGCCCGAAAUUGU